GGUUUGUUCAUUUAAAGUUUUAUUAUCUUUAUAUGGUUUCUGUUUCUUAUUAGUUGCUUUUAUCCCAUAUGCUGGGUUUGGUCACUACAUUUCCUGCUAGAAAUUUUCCUUCGAAGUGUAGAGGUCUUUGGCUGGGUAUUCAUACUUAAGAAUAUGGCACUGAGAAUAGAUUUGGUUAUUAAUUAGCUUUCCCAUCACUGGGACAUAGUACCCAACAACCACAAUUUAAAAGAGGAGAGGUUUAAUUUGACUCUUGGUUUCAGGGAUUCAUUUCGUGGUUAGCUGGCUCCAAGGCAGAAACAGCGUGGCAGAAAGGCUUGAUGGAGGAAAGCUAUUUAGUCCACACAGCUGGGAAUCAGGGAGUGAAGGGAGGACCACGUUCUACAGGCAUGGCCCCAGUGCAUACCUCUUUCAACCAGGUUCCACCUCUUAACAGCACAUUUACCUAGAACUCAUUGGUGGCGCAGUCUACUAAUGAGUAUCAGGUCCCUACUAAUGAGAUCUAGUCACUCUACAUAGGCCCCGAUUUUGAACAUGCCUUUUGGUGGAUAUUCUAGAUCUAAACAAUAAUAAUGGGGUUGGCUGCAGGUUUUAUUUUAGGGCUUAUCUAGAUGGGCUGUUUCUUGGGGGAACUCUAUGUCAGUAUCUUUAGUUCUGCUUGGAUGGUAGAUUUGUCAUGGAAGAAUUAUUGAGACCAUUGUCUUCAUAUUCUCUUUGCUGAGGGCAAAAAGCUGAAGUCUUGGUUUUUAGCAUCCUAAUUCUCCUGUUUGCAGUAUGACAUUACUGCCUUAUCUGUGGGUUCUGUUUUCCUUUUAGAAAUUUGUGCUAUUUUAUAUUCUCUAAAGGUCAACUAGUUGUCUCUGGCUUGGGGUAUGAUUCAGAAUCCCUUUUGAAGCAAACUUGUAGGCAUUUUUUCCUGUUUCAGCCCUGUAUUUUCUUCCAUAUCAGGCAUACUCACUGGCCAACAAUUUCUGAGUGUUUGGGAGCUAUAGACCAACUUGUGUCUAGGCUUCUUCUCAGGCUUGUUAUUCACCUUGAUUCUGCUAAGUCAGUUAACACUCAUCCAUCUGUAUUGUAGCUUCUAAAAUAUUAUUGCUAUUGUCUUGCUGCUUGUUUAUUGCCCUUGUAUAUUUAUGUCUUUUGCUUUAAUUCCCACAGCUGUUGGUUUAAGGAGGCGAGGGAGGGAGUAGAAGUAAUAUCUGUGUGCUGUCUUUGAUUCAAGGUCUCCUUCUUCCCCAGGAGCUCCUUCUUUGUCUUGUUUACUUGCUUGUACUUUGGCUCGUCUCCAAAGUAUGGUCCAGGCUUUUUUAUUCUGUUUGCAUUAUGUGCCGGUUAGUCUCAGUUGCCAACUUGGCUGGGUUAAGAGACUCUUGGAAGUUGACUGGAUCUUGGGGGCGCUCUACUUAUCAGUGGGUUAAUCCAUGGAUGUUCAUUGUUGAAUGUGCAUGUAGGGGUGAGGCCUGGUUGAAAAUGGGUGACUGGAGUGUGCCUUUGGAGUGUAGAUCUCUUAUGGUGCUCUUCCCCUGUGCUGUGAUUCUUGGCUAACAUGAGGGAGCUUUAUUCCACUGUUCUUUUGUACCAUGCUGCCUUGAAGCCAGCUGACUAUGGACCAAAAUCUCUGAAAGUGUGAGCCAAAUAAGUCUCUCUUCUUUUGAGCAGUAUGUAUUAGGCAUUUUGUCCUAGUAGUGAGAAAAUAGAUAAAUACAUGCUUAAGGUCAUCCAUUUCUUUGGUACCAGCCACCACCUAUAUAUUCAAGAUUGCCAGAUGUAUCACUCCAAGUUGAAGUGAUUACUUGAGUGGUAGAUUUUUGUAGUCACUUGCCUCUAAGAUACCUCACGGUGGAUAUUUUAUAGUUGUCUCAAAUUCAGUGUGUCCAAAAGAAACUUUGUCUUUUUAACCUUCUCUGUGGUGCUGGUAACAUCUAAUUUCUGUCUCUGAAUUUGUCUCUUCUAGGUCCUUUGUAUAAAUAGAAUCAUAGUCUUUCUCCUUUUGUGCCGGGGUUAUUUCACUUACAAUAUUUUUAAGAUUUACAUGUCUGGUAGCAUGUAUCAGAAUUUUAUUCCUUUUUAUGACUGAAAAUUCUGUUAUAUGCAUGUGCUGCAUUUUGUUUAUGCAUUCAUCUGUUGAUGGGGAUUUAGCCUUUUUCUACAUUUUGGGUAUUGUGAAUAUGUUGCUUUGAACAUUAGCAUAGAAGUAUAUGCUCAAGAUCCUGUUUUCUCUUCUUCUGAGUAUGUACCUGGGAGUGGAGUAGUUGGAUCAUAUGCUAAUCCUAUGUUUGACAUUUUAAGGAACUCCUAAAGUGUUUUUUCUGAUUUGUGUUUUUAUAAUAAGAUAAGUCUGUGUGCAAGGUUAAAAUUGGAGACCAAUUGGAAGCUAUUUCAGUAAUUCGAGGGAGAGAUGAGACUCUUCAGGCCAAGAUGGUAGAAGUAAAGGCAGUCUGACUGUAGAUACAUUUUGAAGGUAGAGCCGACCGAGUGUUCUAACAUGAGAUGAAGAGGACAGGAGAGAGGGAUAAUUGUAAUGUUUUUUUGUAGGUAGAGAUUUCAGCAGGUGGAAUAGUUUUGGAGUUAAAUGUAAAUUAAGCCUGAGAUAACUGUUAGGCAACAAAAUGAAUAUAGUGAGUAGCCAGUUAGAUACACAUAUCUGGGAUUGCAGAUGUCUGAGUUAUUAAAAAUUUGAAAAUUAUUACUGUUAGACUGUGCUAACAGAUGAACUCAGCGUUAGGGAGAGACUUGAUGGCAAAAAGAAGAGGGCUAAAGACUGAGUUCUGCAGGGCUCUGACAUAAAGAGGCUAGGAAGGGGUAAGGGUGUCGCUCACUGGUAGAGCAACUGUUUUAACACUUACGGGGCCCUGAGUUGUCUGGGAAGUGAUUGUGAGAAAAUGUCAAACAGUGUGGUAUGUUGGUGGCCAGGUGAGAAAAGAUUGAGGGAAUGUUGAGGUUUGUAAAUUGUACCAUUCUUCCCUCCCCUCCCUCUCCUCCCCUUAUUUCCUUCCCUUCCCUUCCCUUCCCUUCCCUUCCCUUCCCUUCCCUUCCCUUCCCUUCUCUGUUUCUUCACCCUAAAAUAAGACGCGAGAGUAAUGUUAGUUAUUGGCUAAGAAAGAUAAGCAUGUUAAAGAGUGUUGGAAGUUUGCAAUGUUUAAAUUAUUGGAAUGUUUAUGCAAACAGAAGAUAGAGACAUAAAUGUUCAGUAUAAUCUAAAAUUGAUUUUGGUGAUUUGGUUGAGGAAUAUGUUUAUUUUGGAGAGGAUUAGGAAUGAUGACAUUGGGGCUGGGGAUUUAGCUCAGCGGCAUAAGCACCUGCCUUGCAAGCAGGCGGUCGUGAGUUCAAUCCCUGGUACCGAUAAAAAUGAAAAAGACAAAAAAAAAAAAGAAGGAAUGAUGACACUUCUGUUUGAAUUUUCUUUUGUAAUAAUAUCUUUUCUUCUUUGUAGAAAGUUUGCUGGAAAUCAUAUUGUUCAAACACAGUUGAUGAAUGAUUUGUUGGUAGGCAUUAGAGUUUCAAUGACAUUAGUACAGAAAGUGCAAGAUUUCCAGGAAAAUCUUUGGAAAGUUUCCAGUUCUCCCAUAUGGCAAAGAAUGUGUGACUUGCUGGGUAUUUUCGCCAAGUUUUUAAGUGAUGAUGACCUAUUACAGACAAUUCAGAGUACUUCUGGAUUAGCUGUUAUUCUUUUUAUUAAGACUAUGUUUCAACCAUCUGAAAACAUUCCUGAGUUGAUUAGCAGUUUACUUCUCCGUUCCGUGGACAUCGCCAGGGUCCCAGAGUGGUUCGUGAGCAGCUGCAGGAGCCUUUGCUGUGCCAAUGUCCCUGUGUCAGCUCUCCUGUUCCUGUGUCAGGGGGCGCUUGCAAUGCUGGACUGGCAGAAUGGCAGCAUGGGCCCCAGUGGGGAGGCCCUGCUCGUGGAUACUGUGCAUGUUUUGUUCACCUUGAGUUCACAGAUUAAAGAAUCAACACUGGAAAUGUUUCUGUCUAGAAUCUUGGCAUUGUGGACAAAUUCAGCCAUACAUAUCCUUGAGUCAAGUUCCCCAAGCAUGAAGGACAGUCUGAAUGGGAAUUCAAGCAUAGCGGGGAGACUUUUGGAAUAUAUCUAUACUCACUGGGAACAUCCAUUGGAUGCUCUCAGACACCAAACCAAAAUCAUAUUCCGUAAUCUUCUCCAGAUGCACCUGCUCACUAUGGAAGGGGUGGAUUUGGUCACUGAUCCUUUCUUUUUGGAACUGACUAAGGUUCUUCUGCGAUUGGAAUGGCAUAUUAAAGGGAAGUACACAUGCCUUGGCUGUUUGGUAGAAUGCAUAGGAAUUGAACGUAUUUUGGCAAUAGAUAAUACUAUUCCAUCGCAAAUCUUAGAGGUGAUGGGCGAUCAGUCGUUGGUACCUUAUGCAAGUGACCUCUUGGAAACUAUGUUUAAAAAUCAUAAGAAUCAUUUGAAAUCCCAGACUGCUGAGAGCACUUGGAUUGACCAAUGGCAUGAGACUUGGGUUUCUCCUCUCCUUUAUAUACUAUGUGAAGGAAACUUGGAUCAAAAAUCUUAUGUGAUUGAUUAUUACUUGCCAAAAUUAUUGAAUUACAGCCCGGAAAGCUUAACGUAUAUGGUAAAGAUUCUUCAGACUUCUAUUGAUGCUAAAACUGGGUCCUGCAGUAGCAGAGGGGCUCUGGGAGCUUUAAUGGCAUGUCUGCGAGCAGCCAGAGCUCAUGGACAUCUGCAGUCUGCAACUGAUGCCUGGGAGAACCUUGUGUCCAGUGCAAGGAUAAAGCAAGGCUUAAUUCAUCAGCACUGCCAAGUACGGAUAGAUACAUUAGGCUUGCUUUGUGAAAGCAGUCGAAGCACAGAAAUUGUUUCUGCAGAAGAAAUGCAGUGGAUUCAGUUCUUCAUCACAUACAAUCUUAAUAGCCAGUCUCCAGGAGUGCGGCAGCAGAUCUGUUCUCUUCUCAAAAAGUUGUUUUGUAGGAUACAAGAAAGUUCUCAGGUACUUUAUAAAUUGGAGCAAGGUAAAUCCAAACAUGAACCAGAGAAUGGGUUAACCAAAGAGCAACCUUCUGUUUCUUUACAGCAAUAUAAGAGUUUCAUGUCAUCCAUUUGCAACAGUCUUUUUGAGGCGCUGUUUCCUGGAUCUUCCUACUCAACUAGAUUUUCUGCUUUAACCAUCUUAGGAUCAAUAGCUGAAGUUUUUCCUUCAUUAGAAGGUGGAAUCCAAGUGGUGUAUCAACUCAGUCAUGAUAUUGAUGCUGUUCGUUUCCAAACACUAAUAGAAUGUUUCACCAGCACUUUUGAAGAAGUGAAAACCUUAGCAUUUGAUCUGCUCAUGAAGUUAUCAGUAACAGCUAUACAAUUUCAGGAUGCUGAGAAACUGCGAGGUUUAUUCCAGGCAGCUCUGGAGCUCAGCACGAGCACAAAACCGUAUGACUGUGUAACAGCUUCCUACAUGCUGAACUUCUUGGUCUGGCAGGAUGCUGUGCCUUCCUCCCUGUCUACCUACUUAACCCAGGGUGCUGCCCGCAGCGAUGGGGACAAGCCUGCUGCUGUGGUGGAAAGGAACACACUAAUGGUUAUCAAGUGCUUGAUAGAAAAUCUUGAGGAAGAUGUGUCUCGCGCUGAAAAGUCUCUGCUUCAGGCAGCAGCAUCCUUCCCAAUGUACGGGCGUGUCCACUGUGUGACAGGAGCUCUGCAGAAGUUGCCACUAGACCGCCUGCAGUUGGUGAGCGAGUGGACACCUGUGGUGGAGAAGCUCCUGUUGCUGUCCUAUAGGAUUUCGGCUGUGGUGGCUCCUGUCAUUCAAAGUUCCUCCCCCGAGGGCCUCAUCCCCAUGGACACAGACUCAGAGUCAGCAAGCCGCUUACAAGUAAUUCUCAACGAGAUUCAACCACGAGAUACUAAUGAUUAUUUCAACCAAGCCAAAAUCCUAAAAGAAUGUGAUAGCUUUGAUUUGGAGGACUUGAAUACCAGUGUGUCAAAUAUUAAUACUUUUACAGAUAUCAAAGGUAAAGAAGGAAAAACAUGUGAUGUCACUGCUCAAAUGGUACUGGUGUGUUGCUGGAGAAGCAUGAAGGAAGUUGCUUUACUUUUGGGCACACUGUGCCAGCUUCUACCCAUGAGGCCUGUGCCAGAAUCAUCUGAUGGAUUAGUAACAGUGGAGCAGGUAAAAGAAAUAGGAGAUUACUUUAAACAACACCUUUUACAGUCCAGGCACAGAGGAGCAUUUGAACUGGCAUAUACGGGUUUUGUGAAACUCACCGAAAUACUAAACAGGUGCCCUAAUGUGAAUCUGCAAAAGCUGCCAGAAGAGUGGUUGUGGAAUGUUUUGGAGGAAAUUAAAUGCAGUGAUCCUUCAUCCAAACUCUGUGCUACAAGGCGCAGUGCUGGGAUCCCUUUCUACAUACAGGCAUUGUUGGCAUCUGAACCAAAGAGAAGCAAAAUGAAUUUGUUGAAAAUAACAAUGAAAGAGUUACUCUUUCUGGCUGGAUCUACAGAUAGCUCACAGAGCACAGUUCCCCAGGUCCAUGCUCUAAAUAUCCUCCGAGCACUGUUCCGAGACACACGUCUGGGAGAAAAUGUCAUUCCUUUUGUUGCUGAUGGAGCCAAGGCUGCAAUUCUGGGCUUUACUUCACCAGUCUGGGCAGUACGAAAUUCAUCCACACUUCUCUUUAGUUCCUUGAUCACAAGAAUAUUUGGAGUUAAACGGGGAAAGGAUGAACAUUCCAAAACAAAUAGAAUGACAGGCAGAGAGUUCUUCUCUAGAUUCCCGGAACUCUAUCCCUUUCUUCUCAAACAGUUGGAAGCCGUAGCUGAUACAGUGGACAGUGACACAGGCGAGCCAGAUCGUCAUCCAAGCAUGUUCCUCCUGCUUUUGGUUUUGGAGAGACUCUACCCUUCCCCGAUGGAUGGCGCUUCUUCUGCUCUCAGCAUGGCACCUUUCGUCCCCUUUAUUAUGAGGUGUGGUCGCUCACCUAUCUACCGCUCCCGGGAAAUGGCAGCUCGUGCUUUGGUACCUCUUGUUAUGGUAGACCAGGUUCCUAAUACUGUCCGAUCCCUGCUGGCCACACUCCCCAGCUGCACUGACCAGUGUUUCCGGCAAAACCAUAUUCAUGGGACCCUUCUCCAGGUUUUUCAUUUGUUACAAGCCUACUCAGACUCCAAACACAGGAUGGACCCCGACUUUCAGCAGGAGCUGACUGACAUCACUGUUUGUACCAAAGCCAAACUCUGGCUGGCCAAGAGGCAAAAUCCAUGUUUGGUGACCAGAGCUGUAUAUAUUGAUAUUCUCUUCCUGUUGACCUUCUGCCUCGACAAACCCACAAAGGGAAACCAGCCAGUCCUGGAGAGGCUUGGCUUCUGGGAAGAAGUCCGAGCAAUCGUCUCGGGAUCAGAGCUGAUAACAGGAAUCCCCUGUACCUUUAAGGUGCCAGGCCUGCCCCAGUACCUGCAGAGCCUCACCAAACUAGCCAUUGCUGCAGACUGGGCAGCGCUGGCCAGCGCCAGAGAACAGACGAGGGAUGUGCCCAUCACCUUCUCGCAGCUGCUAGGCUCCUCCUUUCCUGAAGUGCGCUUGCUCACCCUGGAAGCCCUGUUGGAAAGGUUCGCAGCAGGAGGCUCUGGAUCACUCUGCAGUAUGGGAGAGGACUUCCUGCUGCUGGCCACCAAGGAAAGCCACCCUGAGUGUCUCUGCAAGAUACUAAGGAUUCUCCAUUGCAUGGAUCCCAGUGAAUGGCUUCCCCUCACGGAGCGUUGUAUUCAUCUAACCUCCAAGGAGUUUCUGACCUGGAUGAUGGAUAUUGCUUCCAAUGACAGAUCUGAAAUCCAGGGUGUGGCUCUGAGACUCACCUCCAAAUUGAUUGCCUACUCCAUCAAAACACAUGAAGAGGACAGGGAGUCACUAGCCCCCCAGCUGAAGCGGUGGGUGCAGCUGGUCAUCUUGUCCUGCGGAGACCGUCUUCCCACAGAGUCGAGGCUGGCUGCCGCUGAGGUCCUCACCAGCACCGCACCACUGUUUCUCACCAACCCCUGUCCGGUUCUUGAGUUGCAGGACACACUUGCUUUGUGGAGAUGUGUCCUCAUCCUCCUUCAGAGUGAAGAGCAAGCUGUACGAGAUGCAGCCACAGAAACCGUGACAACAGUCCUGUCACAAGAAAACACCUGCCAGUCAACAGGAGCGGUUCUUUGGAGGAGCCAACCUGUCCUCUCUGCCACAGUGGACAUCAAGCUGACAUGUGAGUCUCCAUGCUAGAGGGCUAUGUUGAUGGACAAGGUUCUAAGCUGCAAGGCUAACAAGCAUGACCCUGUCACAGCCUGAGCUUUUGGUGGUCAGAGAGACAGCUGGCAGUGCCACCUAUCACAGAGUAUGCCUUUGGUCUUAGGAGAAGCAGCUGAUAAAGAGCAGCCUGCCACAGCCUGAGCUCUCAAAACAAUGGCCAGAGCUUUGAACCUCUAUGUAUUUUGAUGUUCAGUUGAAGCCAGUAACUCACAUCCAGGGUCUCUGAUAAGUCUGAUGUCACCUCCCUCAAGAAAAGGGGCACUUACUACUGGUUCUGACAUGAAGUCUCAUGAGAUGCAUGGAAGGAAUUGGGGACACUAACACCAAAGUGUCAUGUAGCAGACCGUGUCAGUGUGUGGCAGCCUUCCGGUGCUAUGUGAGUGGCAGGGACCGUACUGGCAGUAAGUGUGAAGAUGGGCAGCAAGGGAAGCAUUGGAUAAUGAUGAAAGAAAUGACCCAUACGAAGCUGUGGCAGACACACAUCCCUACACACCAGGCAAAAUAACAUCAAAGUUUGCCUAAAGCACUGUAAGAAAUACUAGGAAAAGUUAUUAAAAUUAUAGUCAUAGUAGGAUAAUCUAACCUACCUUUCUCAGAAUUUAAAAGGUGAGGUAGACAAAAUAUAAAUAUAGUUAUAAGGAAUUUGAGUUCCAUAUUUUAAGCUUGGUUAGGUGUAAGCCUUUUGCUUUACAAAUAGAAAACAAAUACCCAUUUCAAACAGCUACAUAACAUUUACAAAAACUGAUCAUAUUUUAGGUCACCUAGAAAAUUUCAAUUUCACAAAAUAGGAAUCUUUGUAGGCCUUGUUUCAACCAAAUUGCAAGCACAUGAGAAAUCUAAAGUGAAAAUAUAACAACAAAAGGCCACAAACAUCUAAGUAAGUUGUACAGUAACAUAAAACUAAAGCCUCCUUUGGGGCCCAAACAAAUGAAUAUGCUUAUCAAAUAUAAGUAGUUGCGCCAAGCACAGUGGCAUAUCUCUGUAGUCCUAGCUACUCAGGAGCCUCAGACAGAAUUGCUUGAGCCAAGGAGCUCAAGGCCAGCCUGGGCAACUAACCAAGACCUCAUCUCAAAAAAAAGAUUUAAGUGUAUAAAGCUGUCCUCAGAGGAAAACUUACAAUAUAUUAGAUAAUUAAAUUGUUAAAAGAAAUGGACGUUAAAAAAAGAAUUUUGAAAAGAAAAAAAAAAAAAAGAAUUUUGCCAGAAUAUAAAACAGUUUUUUAAUUUAAAAAAGAAAUAGACAUGAGCAAUACACAUUUUUUUAAUGCUUAUCCUCACUAAUAAUAAAUGCCAGCUAGAACAUCAGUGCCUUGUCAUUUCCCUGCAUCUUACUGGCUCAGAAGAGAAAAUUAAACUCAGUUGUUAGAGCUGUGUAGGAGCAGGCAAGAUCAAACCUGGGUGGAACUGAAACUGUGAACCAGUACAUUGUUAGGGGUGUAGUGUGCGUGGCAAGUUUAAAUGCGAAGAGCAACUAAACCAGUAAUUCCACUUCUGCUUGGCCUAUAGAAAUACAGGCACACAUAUGCAAAGACACGUGUACAUGGCUAUUCAUUCGCACAUUAUUUAAAAUAGGAAAAGAAGGAGCAUUGUAAAUAUCUGCUAACAGAUUAGAUGAAUAAUUUUCUUAUCUCUACACACUGUGCAGCAAUUAAAAAUAAAUUAUUACAAGGAUGUAGUUCAGUGGCACAGGCGCCUUGCCUGGCAAGCACAAGGUGCUGAGUUCAACUUCCAGUACCAAACAUAAAGGAUUAAAUCUGUGUGAAGUGACAUGCAAAGGUAGUCAAUCUCUUGUUACCUAAAAAAAGUGGCAGACCAGAAUAUCUGGAAUGAUUCCACUUGCAGCUAUAAUGGGAAUUAUUAUUAUGGGUAAGCACAGACUUUCGUACAUCUGGAAAGCUGAACGAUGCAUUCCAGCUUUGGCCACCUCCAGGGGCCUGGCAAGCAGAGGAGGUUCAUGAGCAGGAGGAGAGGCAGUCAGUGGAUGGUAGGAGAGCGGAGCAGACAGUCACAUGCUGUGUCUUGUAGCCAGCUAUUGUACUUGUAGCCUCGCCAGUCUCCUCAGCCAGCAUGCGUGAGUGAGGACUCUACGGGUUUGGAGCUGCUCUUCUUUGUUCAGCCCCAAGCCAGCCUCCUCUGGCCCCGCGGCAAGAGGCAGUGACCUUCACCCUAGGUCCUCCUCCGCAAGUGCUAGAGAACCUGCAGCUUUUAGCGGAGGGCCGCUUCAUAACCUCACCCUCUGGCUGGUGAAAUGGGCAGUCAUGUCCCAUGGAAAGCUGUAGCAGUUAAAUUUAGUUUAUUUUAUAGCAGGACAUGAUGGCACAUGCCUGUAACCCCAGCACUCUGAGAGACUGAGGCAGGAGGAUCGUAAGUUUGAGCCCAACCUGGGCAACUUAGCAAUACCCUGUCUCAGUAUAAAAAAAAAAGAAAGCAUGAGGUUAGAGCUCAGGCAGAGGCCCUGGGUGUCACACACACACACACACACACACACACACACACACACACACACAAGUAAACACCUAAAACUUAGCAGCUAUGUUUGUUUGGGUGUCACAGAUUCCCACAAGUUCACUUGUUACCGCAAACCCCAGAAUCUUCCUAAGGCUCCACAUGGACCACAUUACCUCAGUCCCAGUGUGACUUUCUAGUUUCUGUAACCCUUGGCAGGACGCGGGAGCCAGAACAGUCAGCCCAGGGAACAGUGGGGAUAAAUGGCGGAUGAGGGGGAAAAUGUGAGGGUCAGCAUUCCCCAGCUGCUGAUUUCCAUCCGGCUUUGUAAAUCUCUGUGCUGCUUCACGCAUUUCCAAAAGUGGCCUCAACUUGAUUUCCACCUGAUCCUCGCUGUAAAUACUGGCCUGGUCCUUAAGAUUAGUCCCCAAAGUUUUGUGGUCUCCAGUGUAGGGUUUCUAGAUUUAGCAAAUAAAAAUAGGAAGCACCCACUACCACUUGAACUGCAGAUAAGCAACAAAUAAUUUUUAGCUUAAAUAUGCCCCUGCCAAUAUUUGGGAAUACUUGUACUAAGAAGUUACUCAUUGUCUAUCUGAAAUUUAAAGGAAACUCAGUGUCUUGUGUUUAAGCCAGCACCCCUUUUCCAGUGGGCUGUGGUGGCUCUCUCAUGCCACGGGGACACCCAGAGCUUAAGGAGGAGGACCAGCAGGAGUUGUGAGCAGUAGCUAGUCCCAUUAAUGAACGCUGUCCAGCGCAGCGCAGCCCAGCCCUCGGCCCUUCCUCCUCUGCUCCCUGCCUCUGAGCCCGUCCUCGUCUUGCUCUGGCUUCUGUCUGUUAGCCUCUGGCUUUCUGCCCUCUCCCCAUUCCUGUUCUUCCUCAUUUUGCUCUGAUUGGUCCAUAACAUAUAAUUUAACAUUUACAUACUUUUAGUGUUGGUUAUAGUUACUAAAUAAGGUUAUAUGUUCCUUGCUGUGAUGUAAAUAGCAGGGGAAUUUAACUCUGUGUGUGUUGUGCUUUUUUUUUUUUUUUUUUUUUUGAUAAGUGACCUUAAGUUCAUUUUUAGCCAUGUGAAUCAUUGACCUUCACUUUGAGCAAGUAGAAAGGUCUCCCAUAUCUGGAAUAAACUCACAUGCACCGUCUAGAACACAUGCCAACAGGAAGGGUAAUGGAGUGGGAUGCGUGGGGCAGUAUAACAUGAAGCAGACCUGAUCUGAGGAGGAGGCUCAGAAGUCCUCUGUACCUCCCCAAAGCCUCGCUUCGUAGGACCAGGCCCACCUGACCAUGGGGCAGUCCACCCCUCUUCUCAUUGGGGUUGGUUACCUGACUUCCCGGCCAGAAGCAGCUCUAAUAGAGAAGAGCGUGGUUUGUGGCCAAGGAAUGGGGCCCAGGGGUCUUCUCUGUCAUUCUCUACCUUUCCCGAGGAGCUGAGACACCAAGGAAACUCCAGGCUUCCUCCCCCAAACGACAGGGUCUGGCAGUUUCCUGCUCCGCUCCUCAGGACUCUCCCUUCCUUUCCUUUCUCUUUCUGCCUUCGACCCUUACUGUCACCCAUCAACAGAUGGUGGGAGAGAGAUACUUUCCCAUCCAGGAAGGAGACCUCGUAAAGCAGUGCCAUCCAGUUACCUGUGGGAAAAGGAUACGUGCCCGGGAAUCAGGGCUCACUGCUGGGUAUGAACUCACUGGUGCCACUUUGGCCUCAGUUUCAUCAUGUCUAAAAUGCGGGUAGCCACACACCCCACAAAAUGUUUAUUAAAAUAUAAAAUAGAAGCAAAUGCCAAAAAUGAACAAGAUUCUGUCCCUAGCCCAAAUUCUAAAUGGUAAAUAUAUAAAAGCAGAAAUGCUAUUUAUUGUAGAAUCUUCUUUAUCCACCAGAUAACAAACCUUACUGUUGUAUUUCUGGAGGAGUCUUUUUAUUCCUUCUCUCAUGAAUCCAUGAACAUCUGAGUGUGCUUUCCUAUGUUUUCUUUCAGACAGAGAAGAAUGUACAAUAAACUAAAGGAACAGAUGUUUUCAUAUGUUUCAGUAUAAAGGCAUUGGUUCGCUGGAGAUUUUGCCUUAGGCUGGGGAUAUAGCUCAAAACUAGAGCACUUCCCUAGCAUGUGCAAGGCCCUGGGUUCAGUCUGCACUACCACAAACAAGUGAAUAACCAACCUAAUAGUUUGUGCCUGAGGCAAGAUAUCUUCUUGACCCUGUGAAGGAGGUAGCUGCUUGUUGAGGGUUACACUUGCCAGUUGACCAUAGUCACAAAGGAUUUUGGACCCACUGUCUCACCUCUGAUGCCAAUGAAGUAAUACCUCACCCAUCCAGAGCCUUGCUAAGGAAAGUGCCGCCAGCCGUACAGUAAGUACCCAGGCCUUUCUCAGGCAGGGAGCCUACCAGUGAGUAAGGUGAGAGAAUCUGAGUUGCCCCGAGUGUAUGGGAAACUGAUGCUUAGGGGCCAUAGCAUGCUGACUCCUGUACUUGGGCAGAGCUUGUACAUUCCCUUGGUCACCGCCAUUGGGCCUCCAGAAGGCGGAGCUUAGCCAGAGCCCUCUCUGCGCAGUGGCUGGGCGGCCAGGCUGCUGUCACCUUGCAGUUCUGUUCAGUCCUUUGCUUCCCAGAGCAGCAAGGCAGUGAAAGCUCUGAAAAUCAGCCACACCCAUGGAAACGCAUGUCAUCAGGGGGAGAAGGCAGGAAAGGAUCAAAGCCACCUGUAAGCCAGGAAUUCCUCAGCAGCUCUAGUCCCUUCAUAAUUAUGGUUUGGAGAUUUGCCAGAAGGCAAAACCACUUAGCAUACCACAUUUAACAAUUAACACUUUUCUGUGUUCAUAAUAGUCCCUGUGCAAAGCAAAUAGGCACCUUGAACAAAAAGUAGGGUAUUUAUAUAUGUGUCCAAAGCAGCCUGCACCUAACUUAAACCUAAACCUGUUUACAGGGAGCACUGUGUAUGACUUGGCACAGGCGCCCACAGUAUGAGUGACUUGGAGAAAGACCACAAACUGCUCCCAUUUCCUAGGCUUCAGAAAAGUUUUAACUCAAAAUUGCUUACAGUUACUUACUACCCAACUUUUCCCACUCUGGAUAAUUUUGUUUUUUGGUUUUGUUUGUUUUUAAAGGGAAAAAAAAAAAAACACAAAAAAGAAAAACAAAAAAAUGAGGCUUACAAACAACAAGAACAACAAAAAACCCAAAAUAACAACAAUGUAGGCUUUCAAAACAAGAUGAUAGGAAUUUAACAGUGGUUGUUAUAUGGCAUAUUGUUAUCUUCAAAAGAGUUGCUUAGAUUACCAGGUAUAGACAUGCAAAAUUGAUCUUAUUCUGGUUAAUUUUUAACUUUGGGGUUUUUUAUUAUUUUGUUUCAUAUGUCUUCUGACAUUGUAAAACUCCAGGAGGCAGGGAAGCUUGGUGGGAAGUGCUGCCCGUGGGGCAGAAGCAAGAGUUUGGAGCUGUGGGAGGCCAAGAGAGCAAGCUCAGUGCCCAGAGCGAGGACUGUGAGCCGGAGGCACAUCUCGGCCUCAGAUUGGAGCAUUUUCGCUCUCAGAGUCUGUCAGAGAAACCUUGGUCAUGGGGGACAGUAGAGGAGAAUGGCUGCUUGGAGGAGAGUUUCUUAGAGCUGAAUCUGAAAGUAGUCACAUUUCCAGGGCAACGACUAGAAAAAUGAAGAGCCUUCCAGGUGUGUGGAGUUCAGGAAUGAGUUGGGAUGACACCAGCCUCAGUGCUAGAGUAGGGCAGGGAGAGACGAAGCCAGGGAGAAAGGCAGGCCUUUGGACAGAGCAGGACCCUUUCAGAUGCAGAGGAGAGACAGACCCGCCUAAACUUCAUAGGCAGUGCUGAGGGCCACCUUGGGUCUAACAGAAUUCUGGAGGUGGGGCUGACUUAGACAAACAUAAUUCAAGGGUCAGGUCCUGGGGACCUGGUUUGUUUUAUUUUUUUUUAUUUUUUAUUUUUUAUUUUUUGUGGUACCGGGGAUCAAACUCAAGACCUUGCACUUGCCAGGCUGGUGCUUAUGCCACUGAGCUAAAUUGCCAGCCCCUGGGACCUGGUUUCUUGCCAUGUCUUCCCUCUGCUCCUAAGCUGGUUGUAUUUUCAGAUAAGCUCACACUUCCCGUGGAAUUCAAGACAGCCACAGCAGUUCCAGCCGUACAUCUUUAUAUGUGAGAAUUAAGUCUGUAUCGGUAAGGUCCCAUUGCAUUUUAAGGGCUCCAGUCCAGUUCCAGGCUCAACCUUUGGACUAAACUCAGAGGCAAGGCAUAUAAUGCCUCGCUCGGUUUAGACCUGAGGUGGGUGCCCAUGCCUGCAGGUGGGGGUAGGACGAGCCCUACCCAGCCACAUAGACUGAAAGGUGGAGAAGGACUGUGAGACACAGUACCUAACACUUGGCUCACAGUUUGUAGAAUCUUCAGUAAUAGUCCCUGGCUCCAAAAUGGGACCGCAUGGCAGAGGAAGAUUGGCAGGGAAGCAGAGGGAAUGAAGGGAGAAGCUGGGGAGGGAGAUAAACUCUUCCAGGCUACACCCUCAUUGCCUCAAACCAAACCCCAUCUUCCAACAGCAAGCCAGCUACGACACCCCCAUAACACGAAAUCACCUUCUGAAGGGCCUGGCUGUGGUUACAUGAGGCUUUACGGGCACAUUGGGAGAUAAGCCAUAACAGGUUGCUUCUCCAGAGAAAAGUGGGGUCCAGCUAUGCACAGAAGGGCGAAUGAAAGCUGGGCUACAAAAAACAACAAAUGGGGGCUGGGGAUUUAGCUCAGCGGCACAAGCACCUGCCUUGCAAGCAGGCGGUCGUGAGUUCGAUCCCCGGUACCGAUAAAAAUGAAAUGAAAAAAAAACAAAAAAAACAAAUGUCCACUAAAACUUGGACUGCCCCACCAAAGAAUCUGGAUUUCAUUUGCAUUCAAGAACCCAUAAAGAUUUUUGAACAAAUAAGUAACAUAAUUAGAGCUAUGCAUUAAUAUUAAUUCAGCUACAGUUAAAUAGCUACCAUGUGCUUGAUACAAGUAGGGGCUUAAUAAAUACUGAAUGAAUAAGUGAAAACAGAAAUAAAUGGAUGGGCUGAGGAGGAAAGAGGAAGGCAGGGAAGCAUUAUUGGGAGAACAAUGGAAUAGUUUGGAAGAAAAGCAAGCAAAAUAAAGACCCAUCAAGAAAACCAAGAGGAGCCAAGGCUUUGUGGCACACACUUAUAAUCCCAGCUGCAUAGGAGGCUGAAGCAGGAGAAUUACAAGUUCAAAGCCAGCCUGGGCAACUUAGAGAGACCUUACCUAAAAUUUAAAAAAAAGUAUGGGUAUAUGUUUGCCAUAUCUAAUAUGUACAUAUGCUUUGGGAAAUUGGUACGUGUGCCAUAUGAUAUCACAAUCGUUUUCAAUCCUCUUUUUCUCCUCUUUCCCCUCCUCUUUCCUCUUCCCCUAAUCUCCUACCUCAUCUCCAAAGUCAGAAUGUUAAAAUGGAGAUGUAGCUCGGUGUAGAGCACUUUCUUAACGUGUAUAAGGCUAUGCGUUUGAUCUCAAGAAGCAUAAAAAUAAAAGGGCUCCACUGCCGUAACACCCACACAGGGAGAAGCCGUCAUGAGGGCAGGGUGGGUGACCAGGCCGGACACUGUGCAGACUGGUCAUGCAGGAUGGGGAGUGAGGAAAAGGUCAAAGAGAGGGGUUCCGAAGGUUCAGUAAGGCAGUUUAUAAACUAACUUCCAGGCGCUGAAAAGCCUGAGAUGAGCCAAGAAAAGGCCCAGCUGUGGGCUCCCAUUAGCUCCUCCGCUCGGCGUCUUAGGCGUCCUCCAGGCCUUUGUCCAGCCGUAAUUCCUGUUUCCCCCCUUGUGUUUCUAGCCUAUUUUUCCUCCCCCUCCAGAGGCUCCUUCUUCUACAAAUAUUUACAUUACUCUUUGGCCCCCAAACCGCAUGUCCUAGACUCUGCUCAGCCUUCAAGCUAAUGUUUCAAAAGAGUCAUCGGAGAAAUGUUGAGGGCAGGGAGAACGGAAGUUUGAGCUUAUGUUGGACGUCCUCUGUAGAAGACAGAAUGAUCCGUAAGAAUGAGUGGCCAAUGAGUAGGAUACAGAGUCAGGAAGGAGGUAGGAGCAGUUUACAUAGGGGUUCGGUGAGGAGUCACCAAAACAUGAAUAGAAGAAUUGCUAGGGAGCAACAGGAGUCUGUCUAGCUAGGAUUACAUAGCAUGAAAUGAUGGAGAGGCUCAUCAGCCUUGAUCAUCUGGAAUUGGCUAGGAGUAGAAGAGUCGAUUAGGACAGGAGAGUGGUGACAAGGCUCUCAGGCCUGGAGCCGGGAGCCUGGCUGUGUACAGAGAGGCAGCAGAAGGAGGCAGAGUCAAAGAUGUGGGGAUUACGGGAGGGCAGCGCGGUGGAGGUGGAGGAGGCAUUGGCCGUGUUAAGAAUCCUAGAAGGCCAUGUGGUGUAGGAGCUGUUGUGUACACAAGGUGUGAUCAAAAUGUACAGUGAAUGUAAAAGAUGCAUUGCUAUUCGCCACAGAAUGUUCCCCUCGCUUCAAACAUGCUCGUCCCAUCAUUCUGGCCACUUCCAAAGCUCUUCCAAAGUUCUGGACGUCCUCUUCCUGCUCUUUGGUUCUUUGGUUUUGGCAGCUCAUGGCUGUUUUGAUGUCUUGAAUCAGUUUAAAACAUUUACCUUGCAUGGCCAUUUUGACUUUGGGAAAGAGCCAAAAGUCGCAUGGUGCCAGGUCUGAUGAAUAAGGUGGAUAAGGACACACAGUGACAGAAAUUGCCAUAGACACUUAAAAACAUGGGGUGACCAUAAAAUACAGUGAAUGUUUACAUUUAAAAAAUUAUUGCACUAAAAGACACCUUGCCAUUAAUCCUCAGAGUAGUCAAAAUACUUCCCUUGCUUAACACACAUUUAUCUCAUUGCUUAUGAAAGUAUAUCUUUUACGGUGAUUUUUUAAAAAUUCCAAACAUUCAUUAUAUUUUUGAUCUCCCACUGUAGACGAGGUUUAAAUCCCAAGUCUACCUUGGUUAAAGCCUAUUUUGUGUGUACAUAUGGCACUGAGACUUGAACCCAGAGCUUCACAUUUCACUGCAUCCCCAGUUCCCCUACCCUUUUUUUCAAUUUUGAGACGAGGUCUCUCCAAGUUGACCAGGUUGGACGUUGGACUUGCACUUGCAGUCCUCCUGCCAGCCACCCAGAGUGCUGGGUUUAUAGGCAGGUGCCAUCAUAUCUAACUAUAAAGCCUUUCAUAGAUGAUAAUUAAUACAUGUGAAACACGAUACCACCUCAAAAAUGGGGAACAAUAAACUUUGUGUUCAUUUCUAAGUGACAUGAAACUUAGAAUUUGAGCUGAGUGGAAGUAAUAGUAAGUACCGACAAGUUCUCAGAUGUCGUAACACUUAUUGGGAGAAGGGGGAAGCUGGAGAUGAAGAAUGUUGGAUGAGGAGACUGACGAAUGGUAAAACCAAACCCUGGCAGGGACAUCUUUAUGGAUGCUGAAGUCACCAACGGGGUACUGGGUGACUCUGAGUCUUGUGAAAGGCCAGAUCUGUAGCUUGGAUUGACAAAUGUGGGAGGGAGGCCAUUAGAAUGGACUUCAAAGGAAAGGGUGCCCAGAAGUGGCCGCAGGAGUAUGCGGUCUGUCCAAGCCAGGGACAGAGGGAAAAAAGGGACAGCCACAACUGGAAGGUUAGAGUGUGGUGGCUUCUGCCAGGAGGAGGGAAACAAGGAAAGGCUAAAAAACAUACAGAGUGAAAAACAUAAAGAAUGUGCUCACAACAGAAUAAAUUUUAAUUGAGAAAAGCAGUUUUUCAAAACAAUUCUCUGAGUGUGCGUGCUGCAGAUCAGAGCCAGGGCUUCGUGAGCGCUAAGCGUGUGCUCUGUUACUGAGCUGCACACACAGCUGGCUUGUAACUCAUGAUAGCUCUUAAGAAAAACUACUGCGUGAGCCUGGGGACGAGUCUGAGUAAAGCUGGAAAGGGUGUUAGAGCAGAUCCCCGAGAAAGCUGGUUGGGGGAGCCUGUCCCUUCGCCUUAGGUGUAAGGUGUGUGACGGGCAGGCUGGCUCAGGCCUGUGGGCAGGUGCUGGCCAUGCCCCACCGGACAUGAGUCCCAGAAGGCCCCACCCGUUCCCUCUGGGGGACACACGGUUCUGCACUAUUUCCCAGGUGAGAACCACUCUGCAGCUGACAGCAGAGGGACUGGGAGAGAUGAGAUGGAUCUGGGGGCUUUUCUUUUAACAAGUGGAGAGCAGAGCAGCAAAUGGCCUUAGAGGAGAGGAAACAGGACACCAGCCAGCUUCGUGACUGCCUUCUCUUCCAAGAGCCUGCUCUGUAAUGUAAUUGUAUUCGGACAUUUUUUUUGCAUGAUGUCAGGGAAUACGCUCCCUUAAAAGCUUUCAUGAAAAAGGCACAACUAUAAAACAGACUCAGGCAAAGAAAUGGAAACCAGAUGAGUGGGUGUGUGUAAUUUGGGUAGAGAGAUUUCUCUUUGCAGCUUUGAGAUCCGAUCUCUGUGCUCCGCAUAGAAGUCUCUUUCACAGGAUCCAUUUCCCUGUGAGCCUUACCACGCAGGACUGCAGAGCAGACACGGAAAGCUGUGCUCCGUUACUGAAUGAGAUGAGGUGCAGCAGCCCCUCUCCCCCGUGGCGGUGGUGCAGGCCACCCUCCUGGCUUGCAGCCAUCUUGGUCUCCCACAUCCUGACCCUCUUACCCUGUGUGAGUCCCGGCCCUGGCAAACAGGAGAAGGCUACCCCUCCUUCACUCUUGUUUUCUUUCUUUUUGCAGUGAGAUUGAACCCAGGGCCUUGCACAUGCUGAGCAACUACCCUACCACUGAGCUCCAUCUCAGCCGUAUUUUCCUAUUCAUUCACCCAGUGAUAGGUGGACGCUGGCGUUGUUUGCACCUUCUGAGUGUUGUAAAAAGUGCUGUUAUGAACAUUCACAUCUAAGUUUUGCUUUGGGUAUUAGUUCUUUUGGGCAUGUACCUAGGAGUAGACAUGUAGGCAUUAUGGUAAUUCUCUUUACUUUAUGAAUCUCAUGAAAGAGGCCUUUCUUGCUGGACACCAUCCCUAGGUUUGCUGUGACAAGGAAGAACAGAUAUGUCUCAUCCAGGAGAGUUAACACCUUGUCCCCAUUCUGCCAGAUCUGGAAAGAAGCUGAAAGAACAAGGCUGAAAAAUUAGGAGUCUCUCUGACAAUGGGUAAGGUCACCAAAGAUGUGCUGAUAAUCACAGGAAAGACAGUCUCGAUGGGGUGGGCAGGAGCUGGGUGUGAAGAAGAUUCAGGGCCACUAGAAAAGAUCUGACUAAGGCAGUGGAAGGACUUAGCAAGAGAGGGCUCAAUGGCCAGGGAUGAAGGAAGAUGUAACCCUAGACACCCGUGGCUGACACAGCCAAGCCACUGAUGGGGGAGUGAAGUCAGAGACCAAGAGGCCAGGAACUGGGUGGAACUGAUUUUCAUACUAUGCCAGGAGGGACUUGGGCUUAGUAGAGCCACUGAGGCCUUUUAAACUGAGGCUGGCUGGGCCAGAGGUGUUCUGGCAAAGUGUCCUUAUUGUAGGGUGGAGGACAGCCCGGAGUCAAGGUGGUGCAGCCAGGCAGCCAGGAGGCUGCUCUCAGAGCAUGAACCAAGGAGUGCUGGUGGACGUGGAGCAGGGACACAGCUGGGGGUGGGGCACAGUCACUGCACAAGAGGCGAGGCGAGGGCAGAGGACAGGUGCCACUGAAGGGAAGGGGCGCUCCAGGAAGCAGCAGAAGCAGGGGCUUUGAUGAGCUCGUGGAGAGCUCAGGGCUCUGCGCACACCACCAGGAGACGCAAGCCAGGCAGGGGGCUGUGGAGGCAGAGCCGGGCUUCCUGCCUGUGUGAGGACUAAAGCGUGGGGCUUCCCGCCUUCCCUUCCUUCUGGCGGCUGAUGUGUCAGGAUGAAGCUGGUGUGUUUGACCUGGAGGACGUAGUCACUACACAAAUACAAACCUCUAAUCGGAAUUAUGCAACAUAAUUACUUUUCCUCAAGAAACUGUUUUCCAGUGUAACUCCCAUCAGGCCAGUUUAAUUCCUUGACCAAUCUUCUAUAGAGUGUGAUUAAAUCAUUUUUUAUAUUCUCCCUUAUUUUCUUAGGCAGCAGUUCUUUUAUGGGUAAUUUUCCCCCCCACUACUAGGGCCUCACACAUGCUAGGCAAGUGCUCUACCCCUGAACUACCUCCCACCCCUAACCCCAUGUGUAAAUUUAUUUAUUAAGACAAAGUUUUAUUGCUGUUUCUAGUUUUGUGGGGCUUUUCUUUCUCUCUUUUUCCCUUUCUUUUAAAACAAGUUCCUCCUAUUAUUUCAGGCUGACCUUAAACUCACUAAUACACAAUCCAGGCUGGCCAAAGUGAUGAUCUUCCUGCCUCAACCUCCCAAGUGCUGGGAUUACAGUUGUGCACCACCGCACCUUGCUAGACUUUUGUUUUUGUUGGUGAAAAUUUUUAGUCAAUGAGUUUUACCAUGCCCAGUAUUACACUUUUUCAGUGUUAUUUUUUGUGUUUAUUUCCCGGUCACAAAUUUCCCUAAGUGGUGUUAUUAUUUGGAGUUUUCAAUGUUACUAACCGAAUGGCUUCUUCAGUUGUUACCAAUUUUAUCAUGUGCUAUUUUCUACUAGUAACAUUCAAAGGAAGGUCAAAAAUAACUUCCUUCUCCCCUGACACCCUCCCUGGCCUACCCCCAAGGACAAGCUGAGAACAGCAGUGCUUGAGCUCAGUGGACAUGGUAGACAUGGGUCUGCCUGAAAGCUUUCCUGCAGCAGUUGGAUCUUUCUUGAUGUUUAAUUGGCUGGAAACCCAGUGCCUCACUGCUUCCUUCCAGCCUCUGAGUCAUCAGCUCUGCCAUAACUCUUUUGGUUGGUUUGGUUUUUGAGACAGGGUUUGGCUAUGUAGGUUCAGGCUGGCCUUGAACUCACUUACAGCCCCUGCUGGCCUCAGACUGGCAUGAAUGAGCCUUCUGCCUCUGCCCCCAGCUCUAGCUUGUUCUUGAAAGAAAGGCUUUUGUGUGUUGCACUCUUUCCUGCCCUCACCCCAGUCUUCUCUGAGUUCAGCCCCUAACUUCCUGAGGAAGUGGCUUCCCAGGCCGUUGGGAGGUGGACAGUAACUCCAGGGCAGCUCUGGGGACUGCUGACCACAGGGAACAGAGAGAAAGGCUCUGGAGAGUCUGGCCGUCAACUCAAUUUCCAGACAGAAAACUUCUGGAGCGGGGAACAUGGGGAGCCCCAAGUUCCCAUCCCCAGAAUCGGAAGAAAAUUUCCAGAAAAUUUGAAAUUUUAAGCACUUAACAUUUUGAGGACUAUUUAUAGAUCUUAAAAGUAAUUUUUGAGUUUAAAAUUCAUAACAAUGUUUCAGUCAACAACAGAGUACAGAUCAUUAUCGCCUAGUGAUGUCAUAGCCAUCCUAGUUUGUGUAAGGCCGCUGAUGUUCACACAAUGAAAUUGUCCAACCAAAACAAUCCACACUAUUAAGCGACACAUGACUACCUUGAUUUCUUCUUCCAUGACCAUGUAGUAUGUUUAUUCUGCACUACGCAGCCUGGAGGUCAGGGGGUGCCUAUAAGGGAACUGUCUAGAUUCUCUAUUAUGUGGUCAUACAUGGUAAUAGUAAAGUCCUCAGAGGAAGAAAAAUCCCCUCCUGAACUUAGCUGAUUGUAAUUCCCAGCCCUCAGUUAUACCUCAGGACCACCUGCCACUGCCUCCACACCUUCCAUCCUCAGGCCCAGCAGCCCUGCUCCUGAGCUCUGUGCCAUGGUCCAUCCGUACGGGGCCUUAUGCUCAGGACAACAUUGUUGGAGUGAGUCGGGCAUCUGGUUUCUUCCUGUCUCUCCUUUCAGACUCAAAUAAAUUCAAGAGUGGAGGGUAGGAGUAGGAGUCCCAUCAGGUGACUGCACAAAGAAUUCAGAAGAGCCAGUUAGUCUUACCCUAUCAGCCUGAGAACUUCCCUGUACCAGAGAGAAGUUCCAUUUCAAAAGACAUGCAAGAAAACUUAACUGACUUCAGGGAACAUCUCAAGAUCUCUGGUCAAAGGAGGACAGAAUGUAUGUGCAGGGCUGCAGAACUCUGCCCAGGCUGAGGAGUGGCCGUCCCGAGUCACUCAGGCGUUAGACUUAGAGCCGAAGUAGGAUUGCCUCUUCCAGAGCAGUGCCUUGCGGUGAGCGCUAUGCUUACCAUCCUAAGAGCUGCUGGGUGGAAUCCUUGGGAGGCUCAGCAGGAUGAAGUUGCCAAGGAGCAGGUCUGAGAGGCCAACAGCGCUUCUGCACCUUGUCCAGAAAGGCCUGACACUGUUCAGGGGCCAGAGCAGUCUACCAAAUGUAGAAGCUCAGAGUGCAAGCCCAAGGGGUCUGGACUGGGCUCAUUGCUCACCACAGCCCUGCAACGGCCACAUCGCCCUUUAGUGGAACAGCCAGUGAAGUCCACUACAAGCUCAGGAGGCAACCGCAAGAAACAGGACAGACUAUGGCACCCCAAAUCUGAUCUGACAGGAACACCCCAGUGCAGAAGCAGCUGGCCACCCUUUCCAGCUCCCAGCCUUAAAACACCUUGAAGAACCAAGGCUUUUACACACUCUUGUUGCUAGAGUAUCUGACCUGCUCCUUAUUCAUUAGUGUGGUUGGAAAUGAAAAAAAUGGAAGUACUUUAUGAGCAUUUAGUUGAGUGUAGUAUAGCCACUGUGAUUUAAUUUAUGCAUCCUUUUUCAGUGAAAUAUGGCGCUCCUGAAUAACAAGUGCACAUUUUGAACUUGUGUGAAGUGUUCAUAUUGGCUUUAUCCAUUUUUUAAAUCAAGGGAGGAAUAAAAGGUAUUUACCUAGUGACUUCAAAUGGACCGACAUUUUUAAAAUUAUAUUUAGUUAUUAAGCUUGAAAAGAGUUUUUAAACAUAAUCUUUAAAAUUAAAGCAAAGGCUUUGCUAGGGCAGUCUGGCUUCACAAUGGGCCACCAAGAAAACCACAAAUCCUAGGCAAGCAUACAUAUUAUGACACCCCACCGUACCUUUUCAGAUCAAAUGCUUUGGGAGCAAGACCUGGUGGAGCUUUUGGGAACCCUGAGCCAUUUGUUCCAUUUGAAAAUAGCUACAAAAUGAAGACAAAGAAAGUUUUUAAUAUUUGAAAGGCUUUUCCCCAAGUACUUCUAAAAUUUCAAGUGAGGAUGUUUUGUCUCCUCCCAUCAGACCUAGAGACGUCUGCACCUCCAGACAGAACGGGUUCUGAGGCAAGCUGGCUGGCGGAAGGGGCUGCUCUGUGCGCUGCCUGCUCUCUGCCCGGAAGGCUGCGAGGGAAGGGUGGGGAUAGGAUUAACUCCAGGAAAAGAGACAAGAACCAAGCUCCUUAGCAUCUGCCCUUGUGAACCUGGCUUCCAGACUGCGCCGAGAGCUUUGUCCAUCUACCUGCUAGACCUGGAGAGACUUGAAGGGAGGGACUGUUCACAGCUGUGUAAGACCCUGGUAGGGUGAAGGCUCACCUGUGGUCCUGCUGACUCUGGCACAGGGGCAAACCCUUAGCCUCUGCCCAUAUGUGCCAAUAGGCACUCUUCCUCUUCAUGACAAAACUGUCUCCAGACAGAAGUCGUCUGGGGAGCAGCAGCAUCUCUGCUGUAGGUGAAGGGAAGUGGCAGUGAGACUGAUGCCCCAGGGACACAAAACAGUAGCAGCCACAAGCACCCAGAGCUGGGAGUGAGUGGAGAGCGGGAGGAGCAGGAGGGCUGCGCAGCAGUGCCUGGCCAGGGGGAGCACCGCUGUGAGUGAGGAAACCCCGAUGGGGAAAGGAGCACCCCGCUCUCUGCCUUCUCUCCAGAGUCCCCUUCCAGGAGGUGACUCCAGCAGAAAGCCGGAUGGCAAGGAGGUGCUGAGCAGGGCGCAGACGGGCAGAGAAUGAGCCCAGCAUCCAUCCAGCCAUCCAUCCAUCUGUCCAUCCAUCCAGAGCUUAGCAAAGUGAUGCAGAAGACAGGCUCUGGAGUCAGAGCAGCUUCACUCUGAUCUGACUCUUCCAGUCACUGUCUUCUGCAUGAUCCUGAGCAGGUUCCUUCUCUGAACCUCAGCAACCCUGAGUGUGCAAUGGCAGUAAGAGAUCUGUCUCCCCCUGCGACCCGACUCUCACCAUCUAGGCGUUUUCCCACUAGAGAAAGACACGACACAAGUGAACUGCCUGUGAAGUUCUCUGGUAAACAGCUGAUAACGGCCAGGAGCCCAGUGCUAAUGCUAUGAUGGACAAUACUGGCAAAGGACAGCCAUGGGGUCGGGGGCCACAGACUGACCUCCUUCACCAUCCGUGAACACCUAGAACGCUGUGCAGAGAAGAGCAAGAAAGAUCAAGCAGGCCAGGAGAGAUUCCUUCCAGCCACACCCCUGGCUAGAUCCUGACGAACAGAUAGGCCUAAAUGAAGGGGAGAAAGAAAGGGCUGAGCUGUGGCUGAGUUGCAAAGCACCUACUUAGCACACUGAAGGUCCUGGGUUAAACCCCAGCUCCCACCCCCCAAAGUAUACCAGAUGGAAAGGCUGAGAGAUCAGUGGAGGGUCUCAGGGUCAGAGUAAGGGAAGGGUCUUCCUCAGUACUUGCGUGUCCACAGGGGCCAGGCAGGGAGCACAUCUGCAGAUCGUGAGGUAAGGCCACAGGGUGUCCCAGACUGAGUGCACAUCCGCCUUCAGUGGAAGAUGCCACAGCUGUGCCCCUGUCAGACCUAGAGGCACUAGACUGUUUUUCUGGAUUUUCAAAAGAUGCUAUAAAUUAACAUUAGUGUCACUAAAGUUGGUAUACCACCCCCCCAACUGCUAAAUUUGACUGGCUUUAAUUAAAAAAAAAAAAAAAGAUGCUAUAAAUGAGAAUUUUUUUUUUUUUUUGAGAUAGGGACUUAAUAUGUGGUUCAAGUUGGCCUUGGGCUCACUGUAGCCCAGGCUGGCCUCAAACCCAGGGUGAUCCUCCAGCCUCACCCUCCUGAGUCCUGGGAUUACAGGUGUGCACAAUACCCAGGCUAAAUGUGGAUUUUUGUAAGAAAUUCCCUAACCUGAUCAGACAGCCUCUCAUAAGCCUGAAUACUUGGGAGGAUGAGGCAGAAGGAUCCAAAAUUCAAGGACAGCCUGUCCAACUUAGUAAAAGGCCCUAUCUCAAAUUUUUAAAAAAUACUUUUAAAAGGGGGUGCUGGGGAUAUAGCCCAGCAACACAGGUGCCUGCCUGGCAAGCACAAGGUCCUGUGACUUUGGUUCCUGGUACCCAAAAAAAAAAAAAAAAAGGUAAGAAAGGGCUGAGGUUUUGCUCAGUGUUUGAUCCCUUGUACCAUAAUAAACAAAUAUUUCCUAAUUUUGGAAUAACCAUGUGAACUACACCAAAGUGUGAGGACCAAAUGAUGCCACUGACCCUUUCAAAAGGCUUCUAACGGUUUCCUAGGGGCCUUAGCCCCUGUGCUGCCUAUGUUUGGUUGGAUACACCUGCAUGUGUCAUUUCUUUUUGUUUAAAUUUUUAUUAGCGUAUGGUUUUUGGUUUCUUACUUUUUUCUUUUUUUUAAUAUGUGUUUGCAAUGAAUAUAUUCACUGUGGAAUUUUGAUUCCUAUCUACAUGGCAUCUGAGAGGAAGAGAAAGUAAAAAUGUGUUCUUUAUUUUUAAUAUUAAAUUUUAAAAAUAGAAUGGAGGGAAAGGAAGAGCAGUUUACAUGGGCCCAGGGAAAUCAGGGAUCUAAUUCCAUGACUAGGCUCUGGAUGGGGAAAGGCUGGUUCCUGGCAGCAAAAGCGUGGACAGAGAUCCCAGGGCGGCCUACAACCCCACACAUGUUGGGGUUAGGUCUGCCUUUGAGAGCUCUGACCAGCACAUUUGGUUUUUCUCUGAUGGUAUUUUGUAAAUAUUCAGAUAAAGAAUGAGACAAACACCACAAGGUCCACCACCCAGCCCUCCUGCUAGGUCCUGGAAGGCAGGGCUACCCACCACUACCAGCAUUCCUAGGACACUGGUGUUUUAUCCGGCCGCUUGUCUCUAGUAGGUGCAACUGGGGUGCUCUUUGGUGGUAAAGGGUGAGCUAGUAGCAUUGCUUGCUGAGAGCCACCUCCAAGCCCUGGGCUCCAGGUAGAGGAGGGCAAGGGCGGGUGGGGAGCAGAGGCUUCUAGCAGCCCUGAAAGAGCCAAGUGACAGAGCAGUGGAUGAACCGAGCUCCACCUCCUGUUUGCUUCUCCUGACUCAUUAAGAUACAGGCUCUAGGGUUAGGAAUGCAGCUCAGUGGUAGAGCACACACCUAACAUCGGCAAGGCCCCCCAAAAUAAAAUACAGGCACUUGCCUGGCUGGGAGAAAGUGAAGUCCAUGAAGUAGAUCGGAAAUAAUAAUGUUGUUUAGAAACAGCCUACAGGAACCUGAAAAUGCUUCACUUAGGGAAAAUAAAAAGGCCUAGUAAUUCGCAGAUUCAGUCAAACUCCACCUCGGCAGGGGCAGGGCACCCUGAGACCGCCCUCUGCCUCCCCCACAGCUUCCUCUUGGCCAGAGGUCCAGCCUUCGUGCUGCUGUGGUCCAGCUGCGCUGGGCCCUGUGUGCCCUGACCAGAGAGGCUUCCUCUCCACAUAGCUCUCCCUCCUCUAGCUACCUACAUUUGUUUUCCUUUUCUGUGCUUUCAUUCUAUCAAUGGUAGAAUUGGUCUCUGUCGUGCACCAUCUUGGAGUGUUUUCUGACACUCCCUAGUUAUCAGCUUGGCCCUAACUGAGCUGGGGCCUAGGAUUUUCCUCAGUCUCUCACAGCCCCUCCCCAGUAGGUGACCAGUGAAUACCUGUGAGUAGGGCUUAUAGUGAUGGCAUGGGUGUUGAGCACAUGGAGAGUUGGCUACCUGGCAGGGCCACCCAACACCCUGAUCAGCCCCCUAAAGCCAAGGAAUUUUCCACCUAAAAUGAGGUUCUCUGGAGUUAGACGCAGAGAGAAUUCAGCCCAGCGCUGCGCACUCGGCACUUACUGUGCUCUCUUGGGAAGGACUGAGAAGGAGACUCAAGCAAUGGCCUUCACCUGGAAGGCAUCUCCCCUGUGCUUCUUUAGCAUCAGACUGGGCUAUCAAUCACCAUCCAGAAUAGUUUUCACACAUGGAAAAAAGUGGGAAAAUGUGGGCAUACAUUUUAUUUACCUAUUUAGCAGCUGAUGGACAAUAUGGAAGCAAUCCACACAGGCACUUUCACCUUAAUCAGCACAUUUGAAAUUGACCUCAAAAUGUGUGACUUAUCUGUCUGCCUAUCCAGAAGUUAAUGAUCACUUCC